GUCCAUACGAAGGAGAAACCACACGUUUGUAAAAUCUGUGGGAAAAGCUACACUCAAGGCACUUCUUUGUCGUUACACGUGAGGGCGGUCCAUGAAGGUGAUACACCACACGAGUGUCAAAUUUGCUCUAAAAGUUUCGUCACUAGAAGCUUACUCAAUUUGCAUUAUAAGUCGCACAAAGGGAUUUAGAUCUAGCGAUGACUCUGUAAAAUUGGAAGACGACGACGAAUGGGAACUUCCAAAAAGCACAAAAGUCAUAAAAAACGCAAGACGUUCACGUCUUUGUAAAAUUUGUAAUAUAAAAUUCCCAACGUCUCGAACCUUACGCAAACAUCACAAAGAAACUCAUAGCCCGAAACCCCUCAGUUGUCCCAUUUGUAAGAAAACUUUCAAGUACAAGUGGACGCUGCACAAGCAUGCCGAAAUUCACACUCAAAAGAAACAGUUUUAUUGUGACAACUGCGAAGAAAACUUGGAAACUCUUGAGCAACUCGAGGAGCAUAAACAGGUUCAUAAAAUUCGUCCUGGAUUGGUGUGUCCCGAUUGCAAAAAAGCCUUCGCAUCGCGCUCUUCACUCCGAAAGCAUCGCCUAAUUCACAAAGGAGUGCGUUUUCCGUGUGAUAAGUGUACAAAGAGCUUCAGCGAUCCCAGUACUUUGAAACUGCAUUUGAAGAAACACGACGAAAAUUUUGUACAACCGACGUUUGCUUGCGAGAUGUGUGACAAGGUGUAUGCGGUUGAGUAUAAUUUGAAGAACCACAUAGCGAAGUGCCACGACGGCAAAGGCAGGUGGCAUAUUUGUGAGACUUGUGGUAGGAAUAUGUCGUCGAGGAAGAGUCUAAGGGAUCAUCAAAUGAUCCAUACAGACGAAAGACCUUUCCAGUGUAUGCUUUGCGACAAGAGCUUUAGAAGGAAGGAGCAGCUUACUGACCACCACAGAACACACACCAAAGAAAAACCUUACAUUUGUGGAUUUUGCAAUAAAGCGUUUACUAUGAGGAAGAACUUGAAGGAACAUGUAAGUGUGCAUCACGAAGGCAAAAAACAUUUGUGUGAUGCUUGUGGAAAGGAAAUGGCGUCGGCUACUAGUUUGAUGAACCACAAAAAAACGCACACGGGAGAAAAACCAUUUUGUUGCAGUUUUUGUGGGAAAAGGUUUACGAAAAAGUACCAUUUGCAGUGUCAUAUUAACGUACAUACCAGAGAGAAGCCGUAUGCGUGUAAGCUUUGUGAUAAGAGAUAUACCCAAGGGACUUCUCUGCAGUUGCAUAUACGGGCUGUACACAGUAGGGAAAGACCGUAUGUGUGUGAUAUUUGUGGUCGUGGUUAUAUCACGAAAACGUUGUUAACGAUGCAUCGAAAAUCACAUUGGCUCAGACCUGACAAUUAAGGACUUAGUUCUAGUUGUACCUAAAAGUGUAGGUCUUAUUUGUUAUAAAUGUUUUUUCACGGAAUAUAUGGUUAUUUUUUA